AAACUCAUAAAUGUCUCAGUAGUUUAGAACUCGCGCUCAUCCUAAACGUCUGCUAAUAACAAUAACGCGGCGGUUAUAAUUCUCGUCACCUAAUGAGAACAACAACGAAGGACCACAAAUGAGGAGAGACUGCAUCCGACUGAUAACUUUUCCUUUCAUCAUCUACUUUAUGUUUUCUUUGAGGAAUACAAAAAGACAAUCGGAGAUAAUAAUUUUUUGAUCGUGGAAUAUUUACAUGCAUUUUUUAAGCCCUGGUGGUUUGUCUGAAGUGCACUUUUAGUCAACGCGCUGCCCUGGAGCAAUGAGCGGCUUGGCAGGGACCGUUCCCAGGAUGAUGCGUCCAUCUCUCCCUCAAAACUAUCCCCGCAGUGGCUUCCCUAUGGAGGUUUCAACUCCGAUGGGUCAGGGUCGAGUCAACCAGCUUGGAGGAGUUUUCAUCAACGGCCGGCCUCUACCGAACCACAUUCGGCACAAGAUAGUGGAGAUGGCCCAUCACGGGAUCCGGCCCUGCGUGAUAUCCCGCCAGCUCAGAGUCUCUCACGGAUGCGUCUCCAAAAUCCUGUGUCGAUAUCAGGAGACUGGAUCCAUCCGGCCUGGAGCCAUCGGCGGGAGUAAAUCCAAGACUACAUCUCCAGAUGUGGAGAAGCGCGUUGAGGAAUAUAAACGGGAAAAUCCCGGAAUAUUCAGUUGGGAAAUUCGGGAUAAAUUGCUCAAAGAGGGAAUUUGUGACCGGAACAACGUACCAUCAGUGAGUUCAUUAAGCCGCAUCAUGAGAGGCAAAAACGGCGCGAGAGGUGACGAGGAGGAGGAAGAAGACGAGGAGGAGGAUGAAGAGGACAUCGAAAAGCGCGAGCAGGAAGAACACGCCCGCAGGAGCGGACACAGUAUCGAUGGGAUUCUAGCAGACAGAUCGAGUCCUUCUGAUGAAGGUUCAGACGUGGAAUCUGAGCCCGAUCUGCCGCUGAAAAGGAAACAGCGGCGAAGUCGAACAACAUUCACGGCCGAACAGCUGGAGGAGCUGGAGAGAGCUUUUGAACGCACACAUUACCCUGAUAUCUACACCAGAGAAGAGCUUGCUCAGAGAGCUAAACUCACAGAGGCACGAGUACAGGUGUGGUUUAGUAACAGACGAGCUCGUUGGAGGAAGCAAGCGGGAGCCAAUCAGCUCAUGGCGUUCAAUCACCUGAUCCCUGGUGGUUUUUCACAUCCGGCUAUGUCCAGUCUCUCCCCCUAUCAGCUGUCAGAGAGCCCGUACCCACCUGCUAGCCUUUCUCAAGAUUCAAGUACUGUACACAGACCUCAGCCGCUGCCGCCGCCCUCGAGUCAUCAGAGUUCUGGAGGGGCGGGGCAGGAGGGCGGGGCUUCCUACUGUCUCUCUAGUCGGCAUGGUUACGCAGGAUAUUCAGAUACCUUUGGACCUCAUAACAGUCACGCAAACUCUUCCAUCAGUAAUGGACUGUCUUCUCAGGUUAUGGGACUAAUAACUCCAGCUGGAGUUGCACAUCAGACCCAGGCUGAGUUUUCUCUGUCGUCUCUCAGCGGCGCUCUGGAGUCGGGUGGAUCCGUCAGCAGCACCUGCUCUCAGCGCAUCGAGCCCCUGUCGACUCUACCUGCCCUCUCCAACCUGCCCAGUCCACAGUCUUACGGCCCGGCCUCCUUCUACAGCAUGGAGCACAGCGCCCCCUACCAGUACAGCCAGUAUGGACAAAGUAAGAUUCCUUUCAUUAUCUGAGGCCUGAAAUUGCCUGAACGGGUCGCUCAACUCAACUGUCCCAAAGUCCUGCAUUUUCAAAGCCGGAAUUAGGUUUUUCCACAGACAGAGAUUCAAAAUUCUUUGACUUGGCAAUAAAAAUGAAACUGUUAUGCCACAGGAUGGCACAGCCACACACACACACACACACACACAGCCGGCAGAUCAAAAGGGCUUUUUCUGUCUAAAACAUUCCCUUGAACUCUUCUUCAAAAAGCCUUCCAACAGAAUUAUCCACAAUCCCAGAAAACAAAACAAGACAAGCUGAAUCAAAAUGAAAUAGGAGACAAUUGUGUAUGAUUUUACUGCAAAACAUGUUUAAGUGCAAUAUGAGAAAUAGAAAUGCAUGGCCACAUUCAUACAAGACAUCCGCAGCCACUGAGGUCUUUGCAACCAACGGCCGUCCAAAGCAAGAGCCUGGAACGAGAUCGCCGUUCUUAUGAUGCCAGACACAUCGCUCUCUGCCCACGUUGUAAAUAAAAGACAAAUAUUUUAGAGAGGACAAUGAACUUUUUCUCGCACAUUCCUUGACAAUGAAUGAUAAUUUUUUAUUUUAUUUUUUUAAAUGAGGGAUGAUUAGAAAGUUAUACAGUAUUUGGGAACUGUUUUGCUUAAAGGUAUCCUAUGUAACUUUUGGGCCUCUAAAAAAAAAUCAAAACUGUGUGCAUCUUAACACUUGGUUGUGUUUUGGUUGUGCGUGACUGUGUGGAUGAAUAUGGUUAUCCUACUGCUCAUAAAACAUUCACUACUAGGCUUAAGAGCAAUCUGAUCUCAUGGAAAAACGUACCUAUGGAAACAUUUUAGCAAAACGCAAAAAAUGUACAUAUCACUGCAGUUUCCAAAAGAAAUGAACACUAGAGGCAGUAAAACAGUAAGCACUUUUAAUCGUUUUCAUACACAGUUAUGAUUACAGGGUCAGAUUAUGGAUUAACAAAGACUUGUUUUCACGUCUCCGUGCGCAAUAUUAUGUUAUGAUCUCAAAACACUUUUUACCAAAGUGCAUGAUUUGUAAACAAAUAUUUUGGACUUUGCAUCGCUUAACCAGCUCCAUAUGUUUCGCUUUUUCUGACAUAACAAGCUUGCUCAGCUGGUACGAAAUUGUACUUUGGAUUGCGUAAGCCUUGGGUACGAAUCCCGUGAAAACAUGAUGCAUGAUAAAAGAGCUCGCAGAUGAGAGAUGAAAAACAAGCUAAAAUGGCAUGAUUACGAUGGCGUUUUUAUGCCACAUUUGCUUUUGUUAAAGGAUUAGUUCACUUUCAAAUGAA